AUGGUAGGUGGAGAUCAGAACGUCACCGGAAGAAGAGCAAGGCAAAUUAACACAUCAUUGGAGGAUAGCCAAAAUAGAUUAGAACGUUGCCAGAAGAUAGCUAGGGAAAAUCAGAACGCAUGUCAUCAGAGAAUAGUCGAAACAUUGUCGAAUGAUGGCAGGGGCAAAUCAGAAUGUUGCUGGAGUAUGGCUGAAAUAGAUCGGAAUGUUGCCAGAAGAUGGGCAGAGGAGAUCGGAAUGAUGCCAAAGGAUAGGAAGGACAAAUCUAAUGGAUGGUCGAAACAGAAUGAAAUGUCGGCGAAGCAAGUCAGAACUUUACUAGUAGAUGGCUAG